UUGUUGUUACACUUAGACGCCUUGUAUUAUUUAGUGUUUUCUUUUUUCUUUUCUUUUUUUGUCCUAGUGUAUGCUCUCAACUAUUAUAUAACCAGCUAACUCUAACAACCUCUCUCCCCCACACUAGACUUUUGGAGGUAUUUCAGAUUGAGAGAGAAAGAUGUUGAAGUUGAGAUCAAAGAGGUUUUCCAGGAGCAACUCCAAGCUUGGAAGCGGGGCCAACGGUGGCAGUGUUGGAGGGGCUCGAAAAGGUGGAGGGGGUGGUGGUGAAAUCAAAUGGGAACUACGUCCCGGUGGCAUGCUUGUUCAGAAGAGAGAGACUGGAGAGGGUGAGGGCGAAGGAUUGAUUACACUCAGAGUCUCAACUGUUUCUCAGUGGCAUAAUAUCACCAUCCAAGCAACUUCAACAUUUGGAGAACUGAAGAUAAUAUUGUCAUUGGUAACUAGUUUGGAGCCAAGAGAGCAAAGGCUAUUGUUCAAAGGAAAGGAGAGAGAAGAUUGUGAAUACUUACACAUGGUUGGGGUUACAGACAAGGACAAGGUGCUGUUGUUGGAAGAUCCAGCUAUCAAGGAGAGGAAACUCCUUGGCUUGUCCAGAGUUCAAGCCAAUAUUGGGAGUCCUUAUCACCCCAUUAGUGUAUAACACUUAAUCAAAUGAACACAUUAUUGUUCUCUACUAACCCCAAUUUAAAAACACAAAAGGGUUUUUUGUGGUGAUGAGAGUUUCACCACUUGGUUAUUAGAAUUAGAUUAUAUAGGGGUCUAUGAUUUUGUAUUUUAUUUUGUUAUCGGUUGGGGACAUAUUAAGAGUGCAAGUUAAUGCACUACUGUAUUAUUUUAAAUAGUUUACGUUAUAAAAUGUCGA